UGCGUGGCCGCGAUCCCACUGCUUCAGUCCCCUUUUCUAAGUUUGCUGCGUAAACUUUCCCGAGUGCUUUUGUUGCGUCAGGGGAGUGAUGCCAUGCGGUCUCUAGAUACCACUUUCAAGGCUACAGCGAUAUGAAUCCACAUGGUGCAAACAGCCAUGGCUGCGGGAUAGAAAAAUCCUCGGGAUACCUGAGACCUUCGCUCUGCAUCUGCCUCCGUCUGGGGUUUGCAGAAGAACCUUGCCUGCUCCUCCUCAUGACUAACGAGUGUAUAUAGCAAACUCUUUGAAAUGUGAGUAUUAUGGGAAGGAUCGCAGUUGCUUUAAAUUAUAGAAGUUGGCAAGUGCCUGGGAGAAGGAGUGGGAGGCAGUUUAAACUGAGAAAGACGGUUGCAGAACUUCAUCCGACAGCAUGAACGCCGAGCUUCCCACACAUGCUCUGCUUUUCACCAACAUAACUUCUCUGCAUUGUUGUGGAGCAGCUUCAGUAGUAAACGCAUUUCUGUUCUGAGUACUUGUUAAUGGUUUCUAAAUUCAUGGGAGAACCAAAGCACAGAAGUCUCAUGUCUGGGGGAGAAGUCUGAACCCAGCAAUGCCCAGGAAAGAGCCCAAGAUGAUUGUCCUGCUCUACGUGACAAGUCUUGCUAUCUGUGCAAGUGGACAACCUCGGGGCAAUCAGGCCAAGGGAGAGAGCUACUCUCCAAGGUACAUCUGCAGCAUUCCCGGCUUACCGGGUCCCCCAGGCCCUCCUGGAGCAAAUGGCUCCCCUGGGCCCCAUGGUCGCAUCGGCCUUCCUGGAAGGGAUGGUAGAGAUGGCAGAAAAGGAGAGAAAGGAGAAAAGGGCACGGCAGGUCUAAAAGGUAAAACUGGACCCCUGGGCCUUGCUGGUGAAAAAGGAGACCAAGGAGAGACUGGGAAGAAAGGACCCAUGGGACCAGAGGGUGAGAAAGGAGAAGUUGGCCCAGCAGGGCCUCCUGGGCCAAAGGGAGACCGAGGAGAUCAAGGGGACCCAGGGCUACCUGGAGUGUGCAGAUGUGGAAGCAUUGUGCUUAAGUCUGCCUUUUCAGUUGGCAUCACAACCAGCUACCCAGAAGAAAGGCUCCCCAUCAUAUUUAACAAGGUCCUCUUCAACGAGGGGGAACACUACAACCCUGCUACCGGGAAGUUUAUCUGCGCUUUCCCAGGGAUCUAUUACUUUUCUUACGAUAUCACCUUGGCCAAUAAGCAUCUAGCCAUUGGGCUGGUACACAACGGGCAGUACAGAAUAAGGACCUUUGAUGCCAACACAGGCAACCAUGACGUGGCUUCAGGGUCCACAGUCAUCUACCUGCAGCCAGAAGAUGAGGUCUGGCUGGAGAUCUUCUUCAACGACCAGAAUGGCCUCUUCUCAGACCCAGGCUGGGCAGACAGCUUAUUCUCUGGAUUUCUCCUCUACGUCGACACCGAUUACCUAGAUUCUUUAUCAGAGGACGAUGAGCUGUGACCCAGACCGCAGACCUGACUGUCUGCAACAUGAAUACCACAGUGGCUUACAUUUGGAGCUCAUCUGGGGGUGCUGGAAGGUGGAGCAAGGGACAAAAGGAUUCCAAAAACCCUUGGACAGACAGCUCUGGCAGAAUUUAUCAAACUAAGACAAACCACCAACCAGCUGAAAUCACAACAAAAUGAACAUUAUAAAAUAACCCCAGACAUGAACCCCUUGAAAGUAAUGAUGACAAAUAUUUAAGCAAAUUAAAGAUAAUAGUAACAAAUUGAAAUGCCCUGGGCGAUCCAACCAGCUGGUAGUGACACUGCCUCAUUAAACAUUCAUAAAACUCAUAAAAUUUUGUUCGUUAUUCAGGAUAACCAUAGCAUUAUAGACGAAUUCUUUGACAAUUCUUAAGAGUCAAAGAAAAGUAAGAGACGCUAAGAAUUUUCUAACAAAUUAAAAUGGAGUGAUGAA